GGUAGCAAGCCUUUCCUCGCCCAAUAACCACGGUGGGUGUGUAAAGAAGCAGUCCCCAUAGUCAAUAACCUUCCCUUCCUCUUUCUCAUUGGAGCCGAUUGAAACAGGGCGAUCGAAAUGAUGACUCUGGCAUUCUUCCAUUGAACCACCUUAAAGUCAGCCCAGUUACAAAUGUUUUUGGAACGCAUUCCAGCCCCAUCCGUAGAGGGGACACGAGAGAACCCCCGGCUCCACCCUUAGUUCCCGCCCGCAACCCCGCCUCUCCUCCCCCCCUCCGCUGACCGGUAAAAAUUGGAAUGGCGUCCAUGAAUGUUGACACUGAAAUGUCUCCAAGGAGAAAGCGCGGUUACAAAUUGCUAGAAAAAAAGAUGGCGGACGCUUUGAAGGUACAACUGAACAUUCGCCAAAAUGCCGAAGAAUUGCAAGAUUUGCUGAAAGAUCUGGAUAGUUGGCAGGAUGAAAUGAAAGUCAAAGAUGAAGAACUCCGUCAUGCAAAGAUAAUUACAAAACAGAGCCUGCCUCCUGUGAGGAAUCAGUCAAGGAGAAAGAAGACGAAAAAGAAAGAAUCAUCAACACAUUCUAACAAUGACAACAAACCAAAAAAUAAAACAAGAAUAAGCUCAUAUGACUACAGAUCAUGGGAUAAAUUUGAUGUUGAUAAAGUUUUAACAGACAUGGAUGAACAAGAGGAAAUGAAGACAUUUUCCAGCUCUGAGGAAGAAAGUGAUGAGACUGAUGAAGAGGUAGAGAAUGAGAGAAAGUUGCAGAGGGCACUGCUUGAAAAGGACAAGGGAAAUGCUCUUUUCAAGGAAGGGAAAUUUGAAGAGGCUAUUAACUGCUACACAGCAGGGAUUCAAUUUGACCCAACAAAUGCCAUUCUUCCAGCUAACAGGGCAAUGUGUCUGCUAAAAUUACAAAGAUAUGGGGCUGCUGAAGCAGACUGCAAUCAAGCGUUGUUGCUGGAUGGAUCUUACACUAAGGCAUACCUGAGAAGAGGAGCAGCGCGUUUCCAGCUGGGAAGGAUUCAAGAAGCUGAAGCUGACUACAGAAAAGUGUUGAAGCUUGAACCAAGCAACAGACAGGCCCAGGAAGAAAUGAAAAACAUUGCAAAGCUGUUGAAUGACAAGGAAAAACCAGCAGAAACUGAAGAACAGUUAAAGAAAGUGGAAUGCAAUAAGAAAUCGUCGGCUAAAUCUAAAAAACCUCUGAAACGUAUAGUUAUAGAAGAGAUUGGAACAGAAAGUGACAGCGACCGUGAAAAUGAAGUUUCCACCCAGGCACAAGUGUCAGCUUCUUUAUCGACGGAAGAGAAGAGAAAUGAUGCAAAUCAAGCUCCUUGUACAAACGGUUUUGAUCAAGUUGAGAAAUUAAAAGUGAAACCAAACGACAACGGUUCAACUAAGCUAUCACCAUCAUCCUCAUCAUUACCGCCUUCAUCAGGUCAUGUCCAGUCCUCCGCGCCCACCACUCCGUCCCAGACCACUUGGAAGUCAUUCACCGCACCAAAAACAUCCGGGCAGUUUCAAUCCGAUUGGAGAGCGCUACAAAAAGACCCGGAACAACUCUUUCAUUAUUUCAAACAAAUCAAUCCAGAAUCGUACCCCAAGUUGUUCCAACAAUCAAUUGAGUCGGACACGCUGAAUAAGAUAACCAAGCUAUUGCAGGACUUCUACAUCCCAAAUGGUCUCCCUGUGUACAAGGAGUUGAGAUACCUGGCUGAAGUCAAGAGAUUUAGCAUGGCUGUUAUGUUCCUAUCAGAGAAGGACAAGAAAGUUAUAAACGCUCUUCUACACAGUGUGCGAGAACAUAAGGAGGAACUGAAUCUAAAUGACGAUGAUGUUUUCUCUUUGGCAAAAAAAUACGGAGUGUCUUGACGAGACUGGGAGCUUCUGUGUACCACAGCGUUACUGACUGACAGAUGUCACUCAAAUGCAACACACACUUUGAUAGUCCUGGUGAUAGUCGUGUUUGCUUGAAAGGGUUUAAAAUCAGCAUCCAAGAUUUUGAUCAUGUGAUUGACGUGUUAUUCUUGGAUACUGAGGCGCCGUUCACACUACGCUGGAGGAAAUUUUGAAAACGGAAGUUUCACUCUGAAAACGCAUCUAAUGUGUUCCUUCCACAC